AUGGAGGAGUUGGCUAGAGAAAGCAUUGGCUUGUUAGCUAAGCCUACUCUGGAGUCAGGUAGCCCAAACUUAUCCUCUGCCGGGGCUGUCUUUAUUAUGCUGAAAUCAUCUCUUGGAGCAGGACUUCUUAAUUUCCCAUGGGCUUUCAAUAAGGCUGGAGGGAUCACUACAGCUGUUCUUGUGGAACUGGGCUCCUUAAUAUUCCUAAUUAGCGGCCUAGUGAUCCUGGGAUAUGCCUCCUCCAUCAGCACCCAGUCCACGUACCAGGGCGUAGUCAGAGAAAUCUGUGGGUCGGCCAUUGGGAAGCUCUGCGAGAUCUGCUUCAUUUUAAAUCUCUUCAUGAUUUCCGUAGCCUUCCUCAGAGUGGUGGGCGAUCAGCUGGAAAAAUUAUGUGACUCCCUCUACAUGAAUGUGACUCUGAGUGGAGAAGGGCCACCUCCUCCCCAGCACUGGUAUACAGAUUACCGCUUCACCCUGACUGCCCUGUGUGCCCUGGUCAUCUUCCCUCUGUCUGUUCCUAGGGAGAUUGGGUUCCAGAAAUACACCAGUAUUUUAGGUACUUUGGCUGCUUGUUACCUGACCCUGGUGAUUAUAAUAAAAUACUACCUAAGAACGGAGCAUGUUAUCAUGCAUGAGCACCAUUAUUCCUCAAGGGUGUCUUCCUUGGCUUCCAUGUUCAGUGUCAUCCCAACGAUCUGUUUUGGAUUUCAGUGUCAUGAAGCCUGCAUAGCCAUCUACAGCAGCAUGCACAACAAGAAACUCUCCCUUUGGAUCGUGGUGUCUGUGCUCUCCAUGCUCUUCUGCCUGUUAAUUUAUUCUCUUACAGGGCUUUAUGGCUAUUUAACCUUUGGUGCUGAUGUUGCUGCCGAUAUUCUGAUGUCAUACCCAGGAAAUGACCUGGUCAUCAUUAUAGCCCGGCUACUCUUUGGCAUCUCCAUCAUUACCAUCUACCCAAUCGUUCUCCUGUUGGGGAGGUCUGUCCUACAGGAUGUCUGCCUGAAUGACAAGUGCAGGUCUGUCGUGCUCUUGGAGCCUUAUGAGAGGUGUACGAGGAUUGUGCUGACUAUGACGUGGAUCAUAGUGACGCUCGUCAUUGCUCUGUUUGUCCCCGACAUCAGCGACGUCAUCAGUAUUAUUGGUGGCAUCAGCGCGUUCUUCAUCUUCAUCUUUCCAGGGCUAUGUCUAGUAUGUGCAAUGGAAACGGAACCCAUCGAACCAAGAAAAAAGUCCUGUUUGAUUGCUUGGGGUGUCAUCUCCAUCCUCUGUGGCGCUUUUGUAUUUGGCCAGAGCACCACCAUUGCUGUCAUGGAGCUGGUCUACAAAUUCUAG